UACUGGCUAAAAUCUUCCUUCAGGGGGGGUUCUGGUGGGGAAAACUGAAAAAUGUUCUCUGCUGCAUAAACCUCAACAGCCUUUUUCAAUUUUCAUAACACCAAAAAGAAAUCCUUGAGAGCCUUUGCUUUAAGGUGUGUGUGGUUGUGGUGCUGGUGUCUGCCUGCCACUUUCCACUCCAAAGCCAGUCUCACUGGCUUUAACCACCAGGCUUGGAAACACCUGGCUUUAAAAAAAAGAGAAGUCUGAAAAAUGGGACUUUUGCACAAGUAAAACAAAUCAUUGUGUUUGUGGUUUAGAAAUUUUGAUAUUGCCAUCUUUGUUCACUUAAUUUAGUAUUCAACACAAGUUAAAAAUGGAGUAUCAGACUGUGUAUGUACACAGUAUUGCCUGUGUACCAUGAUGACUUAAUCCUUCCUUUAAAGAGAACAUACUUUUCUCCUCGUUUGAUUUCUGUGCUGAUUGGCUGGUUUGGUUUUGUUUUUCCAUACCCAUAUCUGUCUUUUACCUUUUGCUUUGUUUUCUGUGUCUUUCUUCACUGCCAGUUCACUCAAAGAUUCCAAAGAAAUCUUGAGUGCACAGAAAAGCUGGUGACCUCUUAAAUAUGAGUGCUAAUUUAGUAGAGAUGGACAUGAACCUUGUGUUCUGAAAAGCAGUUGCAGUUAACAAUGUGUAAUGCUGUUAACAACUUUAUUUAUGAACAUAUGAUUAGACACUAAUUUUGAAAAUUCUUUUAAGAUUAUUUCUUAUCUAUGUAGCUAUACCCCUCACAUGUGUGAGGGGUAUAUACGUACACAUAAACUGAACAUUACCCAGGCCUACCCAAAAAACAAAGUCAGCACCCUCAACUAGCAUUCUAGUGGUGGCUAUAGACACUUACAUUUUUGUGAAAUAUGGUGAGUUGCUGUAACAACUCAGUGCAUCUGAAUUUCUUCUCAUGCCUUCCUUCAACUGCCACUUUUCCACACACAUUCCCUCCCCUUCCUUGUCUUACUCUGUCUCUGGCAUCUGGCAGGUCCUUCUAAAAGAUGAUACCUAAAAAAUGCUUCUUCUAUUCUGUUCUGACAUAGUAUCAUACCUGUUGAUAUUGCUGACUUAAAUCCUAGGGGAUGAGAAAAAUUAGUUUUCAUCAGGGUUAGUGAGAGAGAUCAGGUCAUGACAAGGUGAUGGUGUGAGGGCAUACACAAGACUAAACAGCUGGGAACAGGGACAAGGUGGAAAAGAGAAGCCAGACCACCUCCUCUCAAUCACUGUAAUAAUCCUUAAUGAGGAUUAUUACAGUGAUUCAGCAGUCUGUGGAAAUGUAGUUUCAAAAUACAGAAAGAAGGUUUAUUAUUAGGUUAGGACUUCCUGCAUGUAUAAAAUUGGUGUGUGAAAUCGCUGUGAGAAGAUAAUUUUGCCUCAAUUUGAGCCCUUCUUUAGAGGAGGAAUAUUGGUAAAUACCAUAAUAUUCUCUUCUCCUUUCUUUUGUCUCCUCUGAGCAGGGCAAGUGACACUUAUUCAUUAACUGCUUUAGAAUCACUUUUUUGUAUCAUUCAUCUUCUAAAUAAUGUGACAUCUGAGUAUGAUUCUAAGUAUUGUUUGUGCUAACAGUAUGGUCUAGUACUCGGUAUAACCAUGGCAGACAGACUUCAGACUUUCCAGCAGCCUCUGCUGUCCCAGUGCCUUAAUUAAUAAAGUUACAGUGUUCAUUCUGCCUGGCUGGUUUGUGUGCCACCUUCCAGUGCUCCAUGCAGGAUAGCUCUGGAGAAGUCAAAUUUCAAGAGCUUCUGAGGAGAGUCAGUUCAGCCACAGAGUGUUGUGUGUGACAGGUCCCAAGGAAACCGGGUGGCCACAUCCAAACAGGACCUUUCUGGUAACCUUUGCCUGGCAUCCACAGUGAAGGACAUACGGUGCUACAAAAAUGUCAUGACUCUUUAGGCAGCAGUAUAAAUCUCUUCUUUAUAGAUGGAGGAUGGUGACCUCACCUCUGUGUUCUUUCUCCAUUAAAUCUCUUGUCCCUCAUCUGUGUUACACAGAUGGAAGUGUAACGGGAUUUGGUUUGUGUGUAAGAAAGAAGGGAACAUCUAAAGUUAAUCAGAUGAAAACGUGCUGCUGGGAUGAAGAAUGGUGCUGCAAAUUCAUUGUAAUCUGAGAGAAAUAAUGCAGUAUCUGUGCUUUUGGGAGAAAAGACCUGAAAUGUUGUAGAGCAUUUUUGGCAUGGAAAAAAAUGUCUGAAUUGCUACUUUAUGAAACUAGGGCUUUGUUUUAUGUAAGGCAGAUUUUUAAAUUUUUGUGUGAGAUGUACCAAUAGAUCUGUGCUUUAUUUAUGAUCACUAUGAUUAUAAAUAUUUGCUAUUUGUGGAAAAAUAACUUACACUUUAAAGUUAAAUGUGUGUUCAUUCUCUUAGGGCCUUUCAUUGCCACAUCUGCCAUGGCUUACCCAAGGUUUAAAUUAAUUUCUGAGUGCUAACAGAAGGAAUUUGAUGCUGCUCAUUACAGUAUUGGGACUGUCCUGUUUAAGAUCUUGUGUUCAGAAAAAAGCAAGAAGAAAAUAUGAAUGAAAAACAAAUUCUUGCACACUAAACAAUAUCUAAGUCAAAAAGAAAAAUAAAAUAAUCAAGUUAAUUCUCAACACGUUUGUAUUUUCUUCUGUUUGCAGCAGUAUAGAUCUGCACAAAAAUAGCCCCAAGAUUAUUUGGAUACCCAUUUCUCUGCAAUGCAAUGAAUAACUAGUAACUAAGAUAGAUGAAGAAUGGUGAACUACUGAGCUUGAACUAGAAUGCACUCUUUAGUUGUAUUAACAGAAAUGAAAUGGGGUCAGUCUGUUGCAGUUAUGCAGGUCACCAUACGAACUGCCGGGAAUAUUGCCAAGCGAUUUUUCGGACAGACUCCUCUCCUGGUCCCUCACAAAUUAAAGCAGUUGAAAAUUACUGUGCAUCUAUCAGCCCUCAGCUUAUACACUGCGUGAAUAACUACACGCAGUCGUAUCCAAUGAGAAACCCUACAGACAGUUUGUAUUGCUGUGAUAGAGCAGAAGACUAUGCGUGUCAGACUGCUUGUAAAAGAAUUCUAAUGUCAAUGAAAACAGAGCUUGAAAUUGUUGAUGGACUUAUAGAAGGCUGUAAAACCAUGCCUCUCCCUCAGGACCCACUUUGGCAAUGUUUUCUUGAGAGUUCAAGAUCUGUUCACCCCGGAGUCACUGUGCACCCUCCACCUUCAACAGGCCUUGAUGGAGCUAAGCUCCAUUGCUGUUCUAAAGCAAAUUCUUCCACAUGUAGAGAGCUCUGCACUAAACUUUAUAGCACGAGCUGGGGCAAUUCACAGAGCUGGCAAGAAUUUGAUCGCUUUUGUGAGUAUAAUGCAGUUGAAGUUUCCAUGUUGACCUGUUUAGCAGAUGUACGAGAACCUUGUCAGCUGGGCUGUAGAAAUCUUACUUACUGCACUAAUUUUAAUAACAGACCAACAGAACUAUUCAGAAGCUGCAAUACUCAGUCAGACCAGGGAGCCAUGAAUGACAUGAAGCUAUGGGAAAAAGGGAGUAUUAAGAUGCCUUUCAUAAAUAUUCCUGUGCUUGAUAUUAAAAAAUGCCAACCAGAAAUGUGGAAGGCAAUUGCCUGCUCCCUGCAAAUUAAACCUUGUCACAGCAAAUCCAGAGGAAGUAUUAUCUGCAAAUCAGAUUGUGUGGAAAUACUGAAGAAGUGUGGCGAUCAUAAUAAAUUCCCUGAAGGCCACUCAGCUGAGAGUAUUUGUGAGCUCUUAUCUCCAACAGACGACUUGGAGAACUGUAUACCCUUGGAUACUUAUCUCAGCCCAAGUUCUUUAGGCAACAUUGUAGAAGAUGUCACACAUCCAUGUAAUCCAAACCCAUGUGCAGCUAAUCAGCUGUGUGAAGUAAAUAGAAAAGGAUGUCAAUCUGGAGAGCUGUGUCUUCCAUAUUUGUGUGUGCCAGGCUGCAAACUGGGAGAAGCCUCUGAUUUUAUUGUCCGACAAGGUACACUUAUCCAAGUUCCAUCCUCAGCUGGUGAUGUUGGCUGUUACAAGAUUUGUACCUGUGGGCACAGUGGCUUGCUGGAGAACUGUAUGGAAAUGCGUUGCGUUGACCUCCAGAAAUCAUGCAUUGUUGGAGGACAAAGGAAAAGCCAUGGAGCAUCCUUUAAUAUAGAUUGCAAUGUCUGUUCCUGUUUUGCUGGAAACUUAAUUUGUUCCACACGUCAGUGUCUAACUGAGCACAGCUCAGAGGAUGAACGCCGGAAGUUUACAGGUUUGCCCUGUAACUGUGUGGACCAGUUUGUCCCAGUCUGUGGCCAGAACGGGCGCACGUAUCCCAGCGCGUGCAUAGCUCGCUGCGUUGGGCUCCAAGACAACCAGUUUGAAUUUGGAUCGUGUAUUUCCAAGGAUCCUUGCAACCCAAACCCUUGUAAUAAAAAUCAAAGGUGCAUACCAAAGAAACAAGUUUGCUUGACCAGUUUUGAGAAGUUUGAAUGCACCCAGCAUGAAUGUGUGCCAAGGCAGUUAAAUUGUGACCAGACACGGGAUCCUGUUUGUGACACAGACAAUGUGGAAUACACUAACUUGUGUACUUUGUACCAAAAAGGAAAAAGUUUGGCAUACCGAGGACCAUGCCAGCCCUUCUGCAGGUCGCUGGAGCCCGUGUGCGGGCACAACGGGGAGACCUAUGGCAGCGUGUGCGCCGCCUACGCCGACCGCGUGGCCGUGGACUACCAGGGGCGCUGCCAGGCCGUGGGCGCGCUCUCCGACUACGGCUUCCACUCCGAGUGCGCCUUCGUCAGGUGUCCCCAGCUCUCUGCCACCGGCUGCAAACCCGUCCUUGCGCCAGGAGCCUGCUGUCCACUAUGUGCUGGAAUGCUGAGAAUCUUAUAUGACAAAGACAAGCUGGAUAAUUUUGCAAGGGUAACAGAUAAAAAGCCGAUAACGGUACUUGACAUACUUGAAAAAAUCCGCCUGCAUGUGUCAGUGCCACAGUGUGAUGUAUUUGGAUACUUAAGCAUAGAAUCCGAAAUUGUGAUUCUCAUCAUUCCUGUGGAUCAGAAUCCCAAACCAUUGCAGAUUGAAGCCUGCAAUAAAGAGGCAGAAAAGAUCGAGUCUCUGAUCAAUUCGGACAGCCCAACAUUAGCAUCACACGUGCCACUGUCAGCUCUAAUUGCAUCUCAAGUACAAGUUUCAUUUAGCAUUUCUUCUGCUUCUGCUCAAGCGGUGCCUGCUCUGCACUCCCUGUUCAUAAGCCUUCUAUUCACCUUGUCAUCAGCACUGAGAUACUGCAUAUAACUGCUUGGGAAAUAUGCACGAGCAUUGUGGCAUUUAUGUUGUGAAGGACAGUUGGAGCUGUUGAUCACUGAACCAGAAAACAAAAAACGUGCAAGAUUUGAACUUCUAUUUUUCAAUGAAGGACUAAAAGUAUUUGAAUAAUGUGAAAAGAUUAUUCUCUUAUUCAUAACUAGUCAGAUGACUGUUUCAGCACAAUCAGAUUGUUUUCCAUGGAUCUUGGAAACAUAAAUAUGCUCUGGAAGGUUCUGACAUUAUGGAUUUAUGAUUUUGAGGAGAAGGGAUCUUAUGGGGUUUUUUCAGCCAUGAACUAAACAGUGUUUUGAAUUUACUGAAGAAUGCUAAUUUUAUAUUAUUCAGAUGCGUAUCAGUGACAAAGAAAGCAUGCACCUAUUUUAAACAUCAUUUUUGGAAGAAACAGAUUGCUGCUACUUAAUUACCUUACCAAAAAUUUAAGAGUUUAUUCUCAUGUAAAUAUACUUUCAUAUUUUAUUAUGAAGAAAACUAACUAGCCCUGGGCCUAUUUCAGUAGACAUCUUUCCUUGGACUAGUGAAGACUUGCAGGACUUUUGGCUCACUGCUUGUAAAAUGACAAUCAAGCUCUAUGCUAGUACCUGACUUCAGUGAAGAGAUGUGUUCUUUUUAUAGUUUUGUACAUUUCAGAAUCUCAUAUUGGAUGCAAAAUAUAAAGAAUCUCAGUAUCUAUAUUUAAGUGCCAUUUAAAAUAUUGCAGUAUUUGCAUGUUUUCUAAUGAAAUUUAUACUUUAAAUGUUUAUUCAAACAGUAUGUUUUAUUACUUAUUAUAUUUUAUGCACCUGACUUUACUCUACAUGAAGUAUUUUAUAUCAGUAUUAUGAUAGCCAAGUUUUGAAGUAUAUACAGAAAAACUUAUUUUUGCCAAAAUGCUGAACUUUGAAAGAAAGCACUGAAAACUUUUUUGAACAUGUAUGUUGUAGCAUGUUUGUAGCAAUUAUUUUCUGCUAAAUCUUUUAAAUGCAAAAGCAUUAAAGCUUUUUAUUUUAAUAAA